AUGUUCUGGCUUUUGUUUCGCUAUUCUUCCGACAUCCGCCUGUCGGUGAGACCAUGCCCGAUCCAAGCGUGGCUCCCCCUCGGGCCCGCAGGCGCUGUGGCUGCGCCCGGAGGCGCCGGACUUCUGCCCUGGGCCCUGGGAUUGGGGCUGGGCGGCGCCGCCAGAGGACCUGACGAGGCCCUGCGAGGCAAAGACGCCUGGUGGCUGGCGCUGGAGGCCGCCGGCGGGGCGCUCGAGUCCGGCGGCGCCCUCCGCGGCGUGGAGCCCGGGCGGGCGCUGCUGCAGCCGCCCGUGGGCUACGCGGUGGAGGCCACCGCGCCCUGCGACCCGGACGCCGCGGAGGCCGCCCCCUCCGCGGCCACGACGCUGGAGGCGGCCGUGUGCGGCUACCUCGAGCCGCUGCUCUGGGCGUCGGGUGGCCUGCCCGCGGCGGUGCGGGCGCUGGCCGAGCCGCCCGACGCGCCGCCCGGCGCCCCGCGCGCCGGCGGCGCCCCCUCCAAGACCAAGCCGCCCGGGGCGCCGCCCGCCGAGCGCGGGGCGGAGGUCUGGGCCGGGCUCGGGACGUGCAUCGGGCUGGCGGCGGAGGACUGUGCGAGGUCGCGCCGCCACGCGCGGGUGCCCGCCGCCAGCGGGAAGACCGCGGGUCAGCCGAUGGAGGCCAAAUUGAUGCAAAGCCGUGCAGUGGAAAAGCCUGAGAUGGACUUGCGCGACAUUGUUUACCACGCUCUAAAGGAGAGCGAAGACUUUGCGAUAUCACAGAAGAAGAGGUUCAGGGCCAUCGCCUUCGUCGGUCAGGUCGUCAACGCGGCCCUCAGCGGGCUAGAGGUGCAAAUGGGCGGCUCGAAGAAGCCCAAGAUGGGCAACCAAAUGGGCGCGGAGACGAAGGUGCAGCUCAAAGUGGAGGCGAGGCAGCGAGAGCACGAGGACAAGGACUCGCACUGUCAGUGCCCCACGGGCCAUCCUAUCGCAGCUGGCAUGCAGCAGGCGGGGGAGAAGCACGUUCAAAGCGGGAAGUAUGCAGGGAUCAUGCACAGCGUGAGCGGCCAUCGGCCACUGGCGACCAACAAAGAGCAGAACGACGAGCUGGCCAACCAGAAGCACCACCACCUGUUCGAGAUAGACACCAGCAGCGAGCUGACCUACGUGAGUCUGGACCGCCUCCACAUCCUCGCGAUGAGAAUCGCAGGGGCCGUACGUCUUCCAGGGAAGGCGCCCACAGGCGAGCUGGCGCACCAGCCCAGGAAGCUGGCGGCAGUAGUGCAAUACGCCCUGCGCCUCCGCCUGAAACCCCGGGCUACAUGA